GUCAGGUGGUCUCUGUCCUCAGGUCAGGUGGUCUCUGUCCUCAGGUCAGGUGGUCUCUGUCUCAGUACAGAUGGACUCUGUCCUCAGUACAGGUGGACUCUGUCCUCAGUACAGGUGGUCUCUUUCCUCAGUACAGGUGGUCUCUGUCCUCAGGUCAGGUGGUCUCUGUCCUCAGUACAGGUGGACUCUGUCCUCAGUACAGGUGGUCUCUGUCCUCAGGUCAGGUGGUCUCUGUCCUCAGGUCAGGUGGUCUCUGUCUCAGUACAGAUGGACUCUGUCCUCAGGUCAGGUGGACUCUGUCCUCAGUACAGGUGGACUCUGUCCUCAGUACAGGUGGACUCUGUCCUCAGUACAGGUGGACUCUGUCCUCAGGUCAGGUGGUCUCUGUCCUCAGGUAAGGUGGUCUCUGUCUCAGUACAGGUGGUCUCUGUCUCAGUACAGGUGGACUCUGUCUCAGGACAGGUGGUCUCUGUCCUCAGGUCAGGUGGUCUCUGUCCUCAGGUCAGGUGGUCUCUGUCUCAGUACAGGUGGUCUCUGUCUCAGUACAGGUGGUCUCUGUCCUCAGGUCAGGUGGUCUCUGUCCUCAGGUCAGGUGGUCUCUGUCCUCAGUACAGGUGGUCUGUCCUCAGUACAGGUGGUCUCUGUCCUCAGGUCAGGUGGUCUCUGUCCUCAGGUACAGGUGGUCUCUGUCCUCAGUACAGGUGGACUCUGUCUCAGUACAGGUGGACUCUGUCCUCAGUACAGGUGGACUCUGUCCUCAGUACAGGUGGACUCUGUCCUCAGUACAGGUGGACUCUGUCCUCAGUACAGGUGGACUCUGUCCUCAGUACAGGUGGUCUCUUUCCUCAGUACAGGUGGUCUCUGUCAUCAGGUCAGGUGGACUCUGUCCUCAGUACAGGUGGACUCUGUCCUCAGUACAGGUGGACUCUGUCCUCAGUACAGGUGGUCUCUUUCCUCAGUACAGGUGGUCUCUGUCCUCAGGUCAGGUGGUCUCUGUCUCAGUACAGGUGGACUCUGUCCUCAGGUCAGGUGGUCUUAGGUGGACUCUGUCCUCAGUACAGGUGGUCUCUUUCCUCAGUACAGGUGGUCUCUGUCCUCAGGUCAGGUGGUCUCUGUCCUCAGGUCAGGUGGUCUCUGUCUCAGUACA